AUGGAUAAUUUUUAUCCCCUGGAAGAACCCUUGCGGGCCUUGGGCGACUUGGUUGGUUCCUGUAAUGGGUUGGUAUGUUUGAAGAUAUUUGAUCUGGACGCUUGGGUGCAAGAUCCCAUCUACAUCUGUAAUCCCGUUACCCGAGAAUAUGUUUAUCUCCCAAAAUACAUCUACGGAGACGGAGAUUUUCACUGUGGUUGUUAUUUUGUGUGUGGAUUCGGUUACAGUUACUCAACUGAUGAGUAUAAAGUUGUUAGAAUGUACCGCAGGUCUGGUGUUUACUUGGACGUUAGUAGCAAAGUCCAAGUAUACACCCUUGGUAGCGGUCAAGGGUGGAGAGAUAAAGGAAGACUCGACCACCUUUUAUGUCGAAUUGGCCCUAGUAUUUGUGCAAAUGGAGCCCUUUACUGGUCUGGAUAUGGUAAGAUAGUGUCUUUUGAUUUAGCCAAAGAAGAGUUCAGUAUAAUUCCUUUACCACCUAUACCUUUGAAGAAGAAGAAUCCGGUUCCAGCUUGUCUAAGAUUAUUGAGAGGGUAUUUAUCUGUUAUUAAUUCCACUAGAGGGGAAGAAAGAACAUUUUUUCGUAUAUGGGCAUUAAAGAAAAAGAGUAAGUGUACUAGUUCCGCAAUUGAAGAACCCGCAUUCGAUGAUUUGUGGUAUUGGAAUGAAGAGUUUAGUUUCUCAUGGGAGAACACUGGUACGAUGGACCGUGCGUAUCUUCCUUUUGCAGUUACAAACAGUAAUCAAGUUCUACUGUGGUGUGGCGGAUUUCUCUUUUACUAUGAUCCGCAGACUACAAAUUUAACCAAACUUUGGGGUGAGGGCAGGUUGUUUUUGAAUGAAGCAAUUCCGCACUUAAACAGCCUUGUUUCCAUUAAAGCAUUGGGAGAGAAGUCCAAGACGAGAAUUUAA